AUGACGGAAAAUGGAGCUGUCUCAGAGGCAUUUGCUGUGACCAACGGUGUGAGGCAGGACUGCGUCUUCGCGCCCACCCUGUUCUCUGUCAUGCUAAUGGACGCCUACCGUGACGAACUCCGCCAGAUCCUCAUCGCCUACACGACGGACGGCCACCUCUUCAAACAACAGCAGUCGCGUAUAUCCACACGUGUAUCGCCGACGACUCUUCCCUCAACACAACCUCGGAAGUGGACAUGCAAAGGAGCAUGGGUCUCUUCGCCGCCGCCUGCGAAAACUUCGGUCUAAUUAUCAAUACGCAGAAGACGGUUGUCAUGCGUCAAUCGCCCCACAACACAGCCCCCCCCCCACCCCACAAUUCGCCGCGAAUCGACGUGAACGGAACCCAACUGCAAGUAGUGCACAACUUCAUGUGUUUGUGCAGCACCCUCUCCCCCAGCACCAAAAUCGGCGACGAAGUUACCCCCUACAUUUCCAAAGCAAAGCAAACCUUCGGCCGUCUUCAAAGAACAGUCUGGAAUCGCAACGGUCCCCAUCUCAACACGAAGCUGAAGAUGUGCGAGACAGUAAUCCUGCCAUAGUUGCAGUAUGGAGCAGUGAGCUGGACACUCCACAAGAAUCGGGCGCGGAGACUCAACCACUUCAACCUCAGUUGUCGUCGGCGGAUACUGAAGCUGCGAUGGCAAGACCGAAUCCCCUAUACAAGCGUAUGAGGCAGACGGGAAUUCUCAGCAUCUACGUCAUGCUGAGAAAACUGCAACUGCGCUGGAGCGACCAUCUAGUGCGGAUGGACGAAGAGCGGCUACCCUAUGGUCUCUUCUCUAAAGAUUUUGUCAUAGAUUCUCACCGCCAAGGAAGCCCAAUCCGUCGAUACGAGGAAAUUCUGGAGACAUCCCUGAAUCGUCUGCAAAUCAAGCUGAACAACUGGAAAGACCUCACCCGAGACCGAUCGACCGACCGACCUGGCGGAGGACAAUGA